CCAUCGCUACAGAACCAAAAACUAAAAUCAACAAAAAAACGUGUUUUAGAAGACUUUAACUUUAUAAAAAAUAAACAAGGACAAAUCAGCUCUUCUGUUAGUCACUGACUCAUUUGUGUCGCUGGCGUCGUGUCAACAGACCAUCACCACCAGUUAAAAACAACCCUAGAGGAAUCCCUGGAGCAUGAAGAUUGCAGUGGAAGGCUGCUGCCAUGGAGAGCUCGACAAAAUCUACGAGACGAUCAGCUACCUGGAGAAGAAGGAAGGCGUGAAGGUGGACCUGCUUCUCUGCUGUGGAGACUUUCAAGCUGUGCGAAAUGAGGCAGACAUGGAGUGCAUGGCUGUCCCAGCCAAGUACAGGUCCAUGCAGACCUUCUACAAAUAUUACUCUGGAGAAAAGAUGGCUCCAGUAUUAACCAUAUUUAUAGGAGGGAACCACGAGGCUUCCAACCACCUGCAGGAGCUUCCUUAUGGAGGCUGGGUGGCCCCUAACAUUUAUUACUUAGGUUAUGCUGGUGUUGUUCGCUACAAAGGGAUCAGAAUCGGUGGAUUAUCUGGAAUCUUCAAGUCACAUGAUUAUAGAAAGGGUCACCAUGAGUUCCCACCCUACAAUCCUGAAACCAUUCGAAGUGUCUACCACACAAGAAAUAUUGAGGUUUUCAAAUUAAUGCAGAUUCAGAUGCCAAUGGACAUCUUUAUGAGCCACGAUUGGCCUCGGGGAAUCUGCUACUAUGGAAACACAAACGAAUUGUUACGUAAGAAAAGGUUUUUGCGUCAAGAUGUGGAGUCAAAUCUUCUAGGAAGUCCUGCUGCUGAGGAACUUCUGACUCACCUCCAGCCCAAUUACUGGUUCUCUGCCCAUCUUCAUGUCAAGUUUGCUGCUGCCAUGCAGCAUCCGCCUAAAGGAAAUGCUGCUCCACGGGUAACUAAGUUCUUGUCUCUGGAUAAAUGUCUGCCCCACAGAGAGUUUCUGCAGAUUGUGGAUCUUCCGGACCGACCAAGUUCAUCUGAGGGACUUGAAUAUGAUCCAGAGUGGCUUGCUGUUCUGAAAGCCACCGACAGUUUACAGAGGAUUACUCCUCAACUCUGGAAUCCCCCAGAGAGAAAUGGCUUGCAUGAAAGGUGGGACUUCAGUGCUUCAGAGGAAGACAUGAUGCGUGCGUUGGAGGAUGUCUGCGGGGAACUCUGUAUCCCAAACAACUUCAUCAGAACCGUAACACCAUAUGACCCCAAGAAUUGUCAACCACAGCACACCCCAAACUGCAACAUCAACCCUCAAACAACAGAGUUCUGUGCCAAACUUGGACUGACGGACCUCUAUGCACAGGCUGUACAGGGAAGAGGAAAGCUGGGCAGAUCUCAGAGCAGCAAUGAGGAGGAAGAGGAAAAAGAUGGAUAUGUGGAUGAGCCCAGCGAGUAUCCAUCUGAUACCUCAGGAUUGUCAAGUUCUUUUAAUCCUGAUCAGAUCAUUUUAGAGGAUGAGUGGGAGGAAGAAGAGGAGGGUGGAGCGCAGGUCACAGAGCAGGCAGAUAAAYGCUCUGACAUCCACACACCUGGCAGAUUGGUUCUUCCUGAGCCCAAAUCUACUAUCUCACCCACUCCUUCCCAGCUGAUGGAUCUUCCCACUCCCCUCCACUCUACCCCAAAAGCUCCUCAACAGGAAGAGCAGUGUGACAGUGGAGAUGAGGACGCCACAGCUGCACGCGUUCUUAAACGAAGCAGCACUGAGGGCAGAGAACCAGGCAGUAGAAGCACAAUUCCCAGGAUCAAACGCAGAAACCAGGACAUUUACAAGACAGAGGAUGAAGAUGAGGGUUAGAGCUCAGGAUAAACAGUAGUUUUAUCAGUAAAAUAUGUCUGUAAUACUUGUUGAAGCUGGGUUCUUUUCAUACAGCUUAUUAUAAAAACUGAGAAGUGGCUCUGAACAACAAAUGUGCUUCUGGAUUUUCGCUCCACAGACACAGCUGCAACUUGGAUGGUGUUUAACAUUAAUUUAUCUUGUUUUUAGCAAUACAAAAACAUUUAAAUGUCAGUUCAUUUUUUGUACUUGGAAUAUCAGAUUUUAUAGUAAUGUUCAAAGAAACUGAAAAUGUUUAAUUUUUAAACAAAUAAACAAAUUUGGACAAAAAGAAA